AAGAGGAAAACAGAUGGCGGCCCAAAGACUCACGGUUGGGAUCUUCUCGAGGGAUGGGCAAGAAAAUUACAAAUGGCUGGUUAAUUUGCUCCGGACGGCCAUGUUUCAGAGCUUGGUGGAAUAUGUUCUCAAUGUCUACGUCACGAAUGACGUCCGAAUAUUCACCGAAGCUUUGAAAGAAUGCUCCUUCGCCAUCUUAUACCACACCAAGAAGAGAGGCCACCUCAACAUCGCCAACGUCCCAGACUCCCUCUAUGAUGAAGAGCUGAAGGACCUGAAUGAUGAGCUGGGAGAUAACGUGGUUGUGUUGGUGGAUGAUAUAGAUGACAGCAGUGAUAACAAUAAGAGAAGAAUAUUGGGUGACCAGCCUCUCAUUAGGGAAUGUGCACAGGAGCUGAUACUCGUCAGCGAGUUGGAGAAGCAAGCGGCAAAUCUGACCGGUUCUGAUCCAAGAUGGAGUCCCGGUCCUAUUUCCCCAGCAAUGCAAGAUGCGUAUGACUCCAUACACAACAAGAUCUAUAGGAUGCGGACUUUCAUGGAGGAUGCAAUGAGUGGCGCUCCAGAUCGCAAAGCACAGAACAGCUCCUAUCCGGGUUCCGGAGCACAGAACAGCUCCUAUCCGGGUUCCAGAGCACGCAAUGACUCCUACUCCGACUCCGACACCCAAAGUGAAGGUAGGAUAACAGGAGAAAUUUUCUGUAUUGUCAAUGAGUUGAAAUGAUAAAACUGUCUUCUACCCAUGGGGAUGAU